UAGGUUUUGUGUAUUGUGUUCAUUUACUAUGUAGAUUAUGACGCUCGCCGCUGCACUGACAAACACACUCGGCAUCGAAUUCAGUUUAAAGUUCAGUUUCAAAUCCACAUUUGAUUCUGAAUGUAAACGCGACUGACCCAGCUAAACGCUGCGCUGUGUUUGGAGCUGGAGUCUUUGUAGUUGCAGUGGAAGAGUGGCAGAAAUAACUGGAUCAUGACUUCAAACUUAAUGAGAGGAACUGGGCGUGUGUGUAUGUGGCGUCUGCUCGGUCUCUGUGGGGCAUCAGGCUGAGAAAACCCUCCAGCGCUCCUGAGCAUGCUGUGGAUUAACAAUCGGACAAAUCAUUAUAUUGGAAAACCACAGCUGACGUCAAAGGAUUCGCACAAAAUGAUUUCAAUUAUUCUAUGAGACAAACAUUCUACUUUGAUUUUCCCAAUGAUGAUAAAAAUGAUGCUUCCUAAGCUGGACACCUGACAUUAAAAUGCGAGAGGAUGGAUAGCGCAAUCAGCCCCGCGUCAGAGUCUGGUCUCUCCAAUGGAUUUGUCAAUAGCAUGUUCAACGUUUCAGUUGACGAAGAGAGCAAAGCUGAGAUCUCAUGGAUUCCAGAAUGCAAUUCCUCAGACUCCAUUAUUCCCGGUCAGACGCUCAGAAGAGAAAAACAGGAACCGGUGCGGCGCUCCAGGACAGCGGCCAUCUGGAGGAUCCUGCAGCGCCGCAAGACCCCCUCGAACCUGGACAGACGACCUCACUCCGUCAUCCUCCCCGGUGAAGCAUCCUUCCUCAAACUCUCCAUCUCUAACAAAGUCAGGUCCUUCAAGAAACUAAAAUCCCCGUCUGUUUUCAGAGGGAAGGCCGGUAAGAUUUCUGAUGAAAAAUCCAGCAUUGACCUUAAAGUCGAGGCCGAUGAUGUGUACAUGUGCAAGGACUCUCCUUCUUCAGACUUCAAGCAUGUGUUUAGGAAUAAAGCCAAGAGACAUUCAUUCGCAGGACACACUGCAGACUUCUACUGUUCGUUUGAGGACAUCACCCCCGCUGCAACCCCAGACAACAUCCAGCAGGAGACCAAAAACACUGUUAGCAACCAAAACGGGUGUAAGCUGUCAGAAAGAGUCAUUUAUACAAAGAAAUCUCACCCUAACUACAACAAUUCGACAGAACAGGACAACUCCUGCGCGAAGCAAAGCCUCAAGAUACCUCAAAGAAGACGCUGGUCCAGGGGGGGUGACGUUUUGAAUUACUUGAGAGGAAUUUCCAUCAAAGGAAAAGGAAGUCAAACGUUGACAGAGAGUAGUUUUGAGUCAAUGAAUGCCUUGGACAAAACCAUUGAUUCCGACUACGGCUCGGUCAAUUUUGAACUGGUCAAGGAUUUGAACUCUACACCCGAACAAACAGGGAUUGAUGGCAAAAGCAGCCAUUUCCGAGGCAUUCUCCGAUUUUUCAACACCGUGGCCGAGACUGCAAUGAAAUGGAGAAACUCGUCCCGCUCAUUCUCCCCCCCUGAAGGACAGCAGUCACCUCUCGGAGUGAGAAAGACGCAGGAGUCCGGAGAACUCAUAACUUUGACAGUCAGGAGCGAGCAGAAAGCCGAUACCUCAGUUCACGGUAAACCCGCGUUAUCUGCGGUCUCGCCUGUUAAUGCCAUGGUGGACUGCUCUCCUCCGGUGGUGCUGAAGGCCUGGAGAACAUGCCCAGACUCUCCGAGAGAUAACAGCUCCCUGUGCAAUAACUCGGACGAAUCGCAGUCCCAGCUCAGCUCGACUCACAUCUCUCUAGCCACCAUCGAGAGCCACCCGAGAUGUGAAGAACCAGAGCCACCAAAAGAGACACAGACUGGCUUUGAAAACACAGAGAUCCCACAUCACUCGUCUAGCAAAGCUGUUGAUGAAAACCAAGAUGUUUGCACGGAUAGGAAAAAGAUGAACUGCCCGGAGGACAUAUUUAAGACGCUGUCGCGGCCCCGGGGUCAGUCGCCUGCAGAUCCUCCUCUCAAAGCUCUGCUCCAGCGGUGUCGCUCUCUGCCGCUGCCCACCACACUGUCCGCCCUGGAGCCCAUCGCCCUCACACACGUGCUCACUCCUCCAGCUAAAACCACGGCUAAAUCAGUCGUUCUCCGCAUGAGGAACAGCAGCACAGGAUCCAACAGACGGAAGCGGUUUAGACCAGGAUCUGGACCACUGCACAUCAACAUGUUGAUCAGCGGCGGUUCAGUGGUCAGCGCCGAGGCGGUAUGGGAUCAUGUGACGAUGGCCGAGAGGGAGCUGGCCUUCAAGGCUGGAGACGUCAUCAAGGUCUUGGACGCCUCCAAUAAAGACUGGUGGUGGGGUCAAAUGGAUGACGAGGAGGGCUGGUUCCCCGCCAGCUUCGUGAGGGUUGAUCCGCACCCUCCUCAACCUUACACAAAACCAGUUUUCUAUAUCAACCCUAUAGCAACUCCAAGGUUCCAUAACACAACAGCAAAGCUGUGGGUUAACCAGGAACAUGCGGGCACAGAAUCGGCCGAGAGUGCCGGCGAGGUGCAGAACGGACACACCGACCCCAGCAACGGCUGUCUGUGCAUCGGCCAACCGCUGCAGAACCGAGACCAGAUGAGGGCCAACGUCAUCAACGAGAUCAUGAGCACUGAGCGCCACUACAUCAAGCACCUGAAGGACAUCUGUGAGGGAUACUUGAGGCAGUGUCGAAAGAGGAUUGACAUGUUCAGUGACGACCAAUUGAAAGUGAUUUUUGGAAACAUCGAGGAUAUCUACAGAUUUCAAAUGGGAUUUGUGCGGGACUUGGAGAAACAGUACAACAUCGAGGAGCCCCAUCUUAGUGAAAUUGGACCGUGUUUUCUGGAACAUCAAGACGGUUUCUGGAUCUAUUCAGAGUACUGCAACAACCACCUGGAUGCGUGCAUGGAGCUCUCCAAGCUGAUGAAGGACGGCCGCUAUCAGCACUUCUUCGAAGCCUGUCGCCUGCUCCAGCAGAUGAUCGACAUCGCCAUCGACGGCUUCCUCCUCACCCCGGUGCAGAAGAUCUGCAAGUAUCCACUGCAGCUGGCCGAGCUGCUCAAGUACACAGCACAGGACCACAGUGAUUACCGUUAUGUGGCAGCAGCGCUCGCUGUCAUGAGGAACGUGACCCAGCAAAUCAACGAGCGCAAAAGAAGACUGGAGAACAUCGACAAGAUCGCUCAGUGGCAGGCCUCAGUGCUGGACUGGGAGGGUGAUGAUAUUCUGGACAGAAGCUCAGAGCUGAUCUACACGGGCGAGAUGUCGUGGAUCUAUCAGCCGUAUGGACGGAGUCAGCAGAGAGUCUUCUUCCUGUUCGAUCAUCAGCUGGUCCUGUGCAAAAAGGACCUGAUACGCCGGGACAUUCUUUACUACAAAGGGCGCAUUGACAUGGAUCGCUACACGGUGAGAGAUGCCGUUGAUGGACGGGACGACGACUUUAUUGUCAGCGUGAAGAAUGCGUUCAAGCUGCACAACAAAGACAGCGAGGAGAUCCACGUCUUCCUGGCCAAGAAGCCGGAGGAGAAGAUCCGCUGGCUGAGGGCUUUUCACGAGGAGCGCAAGAUGGUCCAGGAGGACGAAAAAAUCGGCUUUGAGAUCUCUGAAUAUCAGAAACGACAGGCUGCCAUGACGGUGCGUAAAGUGGCCAAACAGAAAGAUUCAUUGAUAGAUAUCAUCUUGAGAAAGAGGGCCAUUUUAUAUGGACAUGGUGUGAGCCAGAGCAGGUGCGUCUCCCCGGCGGACCCCUCGCCUCACGGACCCCUCAUGCCCUCCGAUGACCCUCUACACUCAGACCUAGUCGAAUUCCACCUCUCCAAAUCAGGACAAUCUCCAUUCUGGCAAAACUUCAAUAAGCUGGCGUCGUUAAAAAAUGGGAAGAAAUAGUUCACUCUGUGUUUGAGGGCUCCCAGCAAUGAAGUUCAAGCUCAAGUGUAUUUAUUACGGACCUUAUGAACCUCCAUCUGGAUAUCACUGACAAUCCCGAGGCUGAUGCGAUCGCACCCAGACGCUCACGUGUGUCAUGCACUACUACUGUAUCUCCACUUUGAAGGCCAAAUUCAGUCGAACUGAUACUGGUGCUCUUUGGCCUGCUGUGACAAUGACAGAGAUGCGUCUCAAAGCUUCAAAGACAUUUGCUCCACAGGUUAAGCAUGAAGAGCAUCCAAACACGUGUCACUACAAAUUAAGACGCGGGGUGUCAGAUUGUAAGCUUUACACACAGUUAACAAUCAAAUCGUCUAAACAGGGUAUCGCUUUCUAAUUCACAGAGGUGAUUUUGUCAACCUGAGGAACACAGACUUUGACAAUAUGAUUAUUCCUAGUGUUAGUGAACAAGAUUUGUGUCACAAUCUCGUACCGUGCUCUCCUCAAUCAAUCACACAGGUUGUAUACUGACUGAACUCAUUUCAUAUGAUAAAUAUAGAUGUUUUUGUAUGUCUAUAAAAGGUAAAGUAGAUUUUUGAAUUUGCCUCCAAAGGGGGUUAUUUUUGAUUGUAUUAUAUGAUUACAUAAGUACUCUGUAGUAAGCACACUGAAACCAUUCAUAUGCUUUGUAUUUGAGGUUUUAUUUUGUUGUUGUUGUUCCUUUGUAAUAGCCACACUAAAUACUAUUUAUUAUUGUAGUUUAUGGCAAAUAAUGAGCAGGUGUAAUGUACAGAACUCCUGGGCCAUGAAAAUAUAUAUAUAUAUAUAUAUAUAUACAGCGGGUAAAAUAAG